UACAGAUCUCUGAAAGCAACAAUGAUCACUGGUUUCUUCUUUCUGCUCAUAAUCACGGGUGGACAUGUCUCUAAUGUAGAGCUACCAGAUGCUGAAAGCAAUGGGACAAUUACUGGAGAUAACGAGGAUGAAGAGGAGAAAGUCUGUAAUUUUCAGGAUAUUGCCAAACACCUGAAUCUGAAAAAAGACGAAAUGAAAUACGUUUUGAGCCGGCCCAUUAAAAACAACAAAAAUCAUACAGAAGUGUUUAUUGAAUUAGAACUCUAUGCCAUCUUAGAUAUGAGAGAAAUUGACCAGACCUUAAUUACUUACAUUUGGGUUGAUUUGAGUUGGCACAAUGAGUACAUUAAAUGGAAUCCAGAUGAUUUCUGUGGAAUUACAAAUAUAACAAUUCCUACUUCAUAUCUGUGGAUGCCAGAUAUAACUAUUGAAGAGAUGACAGAAAAGGAUAAAGCCUCUCCGAGUCCAUAUCUCAGCAUUGGCUCAGAUGGCUGGGUUGAGUUCAGGAAUGACCAGGUGGUGCUAAGCACCUGCAAGAUGCAUGUUUACAAAUUUCCUUUUGACACCCAGAGCUGCAACCUCUCCUUCAGGUCUAUCGUGCACAAUGAUAAGGAAAUAUAUUUACAGUAUUCAGUGGUCAGCGAAUGGUCUGAUAAGCUGAUGUACAUGCAGUAUGAGUGGCUGCCCAUCACCGUGUCAGUCAAAAACGACGUUGUCAAACGUUUUGGAUUCAAUCAAACUGCGGUCAUUUACACUAUUACCAUGAAGAGGAGGUCUGUCCUCUACGUUGCCAAUUUCAUCCUGCCAGUGCUCUUCUUCUUGCUUCUGGACUUAUCCUCCUUCCUGAUCUCAGACACUGGGGGUGAGAAACUCAGCUUCAAGGUCACUGUCCUGCUUGCUGUCACAGUGAUGCAGCUUCUUCUCAAUGACAUUCUGCCCAGCUCUUCAGACAGUGUUCCACUUAUAGCUGUCUACUGCAUUGGAAUUUUUGCUCUGAUGCUGCUCAGCCUCCUGGAGGCAAUUUUGGUCAAGCAUCUGAUUGAAAAGGAUUCUGCAGUUGAAGAUGAGACAGAUGGAGACCGAAGCCUGGGGGAGAACUCUGGGAACAACCAGGGCAGCCACAACUUCUACAGCUGUUUUAGAGAGGUCACCUGA